AUGGUUUCCGCUUGCUGCAAGCAUUUUACGGCGUAUGAUCUGGAUAAGUGGGGGAAUUUUAAGAGGUAUACGUUCAACGCUAAGGUGACGGAGCAAGAUAUGGCUGACACCUACCAGCCACCUUUCAGAAGCUGCGUUGAGGAAGGGGAAGCAAGCUGUUUGAUGUGCUCUUACAAUCAGGUCAACGGCGUGCCUGCUUGUGCACGGCAUGAUCUACUGCAGAAGGCCCGGGAUGAGUGGGGAUUCAAAGGAUAUAUCACCUCUGAUUGUGACGCCGUUGCAAUAAUUCACGAAGAUCAGAAUUACGCAAAGUCCCCUGAAGAUGGAGUUGCUGAUGUACUGAAAGCAGGAAUGGAUAUCAAUUGCGGGACCUAUUUACUGAGAUACACCGAAUCAGCAGUGAAAUUAGGGAAAGUGCAAGAGGAAGACAUUGAUCGCGCUCUUUUAAAUCUAUUCCAAGUUCAGCUGCGACUAGGUCUCUUCGAUGGGAAUCCAGCAAAUCGGCAGUAUGGGCAUCUAGGACCAGCAAAUGUUUGUACUCUUGAACAUAGGAAACUGGCACUCGAAGCAGCUAGACAGGGCAUUGUCCUCCUGAAGAAUGAUAGAAAUUUUCUGCCACUGGAAAAGGAAGAACUUACUUCCUUGGCCAUUAUUGGUCCUGCAGCAAAUGAUACAAGCAUAUUGGGCGGUGGUUACUCCGGCAUUCCUUGCAAUCCAAGGAGCUUUUUUGAUGGCCUUCAAGCUUAUAUACCAAAAACAUCAUUUGCCACCGGAUGCAAUGAUGUGCCGUGUGAAUCUGACGAUGGGUUUGAAGAUGCCAUUCGUGUUGCGAGAGAAGCAGAAGUUGUCGUUGUGGUUGCUGGAUUGAACCUAACUGAAGAAACAGAGGACCAUGAUCGUGUGAGUUUACUACUUCCAGGCAAACAGAUGGACCUCAUAAAUGCGAUAGCUCAUAUAAGUAAGAAGCCAUUGAUAUUGGUUCUCAUGGGUGGUGGUCCUCUUGAUAUUUCAUUUGCCAAGGCAAACCCAUUGAUUGCAAGCAUUCUUUGGAUUGGAUACCCUGGUGAAGUUGGAGGCCAAGUCCUUGCUGAAGCUCUUUUUGGACAAUUCAAUCCAGGAGGGAGAUUACCUGUAACUUGGUACCCAGAAUCCUUCACUAAAGUGCCAAUGAAUGACAUGCACAUGAGAGCUGAUCCUUCAAGAGGCUACCCCGGACGAACAUAUCGGUUUUACACAGGAGAGGUGGUUUAUGGAUUUGGGUACGGAUUGAGUUACUCUAACUAUUCAUAUAAAUUUUUAUCUGCACCUGAACAUAUUACGUUGUUUGAUUAUUCUUCUCAAGCACAUAUUAGUAGAGAACCUCAAUAUGCAGCCACAAAGGAUGGUCUUGAUUAUAUGCACAUUGAUAAGAUAUCUUGUGAAGCAUUAAAGUUCUUUACAAGGAUUUCAGUGGUAAAUAGAGGGGAUAUUGAUGGGAGUCAUGUUGUUUUAUUGUUUUCGAAAACGAUGACACAGGCUAAAGGUUCUCCAAAGAAACAAUUGAUUGGUUUCGAACGGGUUUAUGUAGAAGCUAAGGGAUCUACUGAAAUUGGUUUUCUCAUAGACCCUUGCAAGCAUUUGAGUACUGUGAAUGAAGAAGGGGAAAGAAUACUGAUAGUGGGAGCUCAUGUUCUUAUGUUGGAAAACUUGGAACAUGUUCUGUUUAUUGAAAAAUGAAGAGAUUAAAUUGUGAACAGAAGGAUCAGAUGACUUGGUUCUUUUGUGUAAAGAUCAAAAUAAAAUGUAACUCGAUUUGAUUACAAAACUGAAAUCAAAAUUGACAAUCGGUUCGGAACA